GUCCUCAGUUCAUUGAGUAACAUCUUCCUCAUCCCGCUGAACAGCGUACAGAGCUGCUGCUGCUGCCGCCGCUGCCGCUGUGGAGCCCGACACAGGAGUCCUGGCUGAUCCGGAUCAUCUUUCCAGGCUGCUUGCACAAAAACCAGGAAGUCAACAUGAGCACUCUCUCCACUGACAGAAAGCCCCAUGUGGAUUACGGCGUUCAGAUCCGCUUCAUCAAGGACCUUGAUGACACAGGCGGAGGUUAUCCUGACAAGUCCAGAGGAAACAACACUGCAACUCCUCCUUCCAAUAAGUAUGGGGUGGCAGUGCGGGUUCAGGGGAUCUCUGGGCAGCCUUACGUGGUCCUGAAAGAUGGCGAGAAAGGUGACUCUUACGGAGUUCAGCUUAACACUCCCACCCCCAGCUCCGGGCCGCCUUCACCUUGCAACAGUCUGCCCAAAAUAAAUAAAGAGCCUGCAGAAAUCAUAAACCCUUACAGCCCUGCUGUAAACACAGCAAACUCCCCUGUUUCUGCAGCAGAGGAUGAGGAUGGGGAGAUUUUUGGGAGCCCUCUUAAAAGACCUCCAGGGGACGGUCAAGCAGGAACACAAGGGGAGGAGGAGGGUGGAGCUGUUAGAGAAGGACAGGCACAGAGGCCAAAAGCUGAGCCCCAACUCAAAGCAACAGGAGGCGAAGCAGAGAAAAGCAAAGAUUGGACUUGUAAUGACGAGUAUAAUGAAGCAGGGCUGAAACCUGUCAGAUUAAACGGUGCAGGACCCAGAGGGGUCAAGCAAACUGGCUCUGGUUUUACUGGCUCUUUGGGCAGAUACUCUGUGAAAAGCCAGAGUAAAAAUACCCCUUCAGAGCCACAACCUCCAGCAUCAACUGACGGCGAGCUCGUCCCAGCAAUCGACACCAACUCCCUGGCUCCCAUCAACAAGCUCAUCAGUAAGUUCAACAGUGGGACGGGCGGCGCCCCGCAGGUGAGGGGCCGCUCCGGAGCCAGGCAGCGGCUCAGGUUUGACGAGGGCAGACGGUCCAGAAGUCUCGAUGCUAGAAAAGAUGUUCAGCCUAAGGUUUCCCCUCCCUCUCCCAGCUCUCCCACUCCAAAUCCUUACGCUGUUCCUUUUACUGCCUCCUCAAAUUUGCUGACGUCAUCUGCCCCAGCGAGCGGCAGCCUGGGAAGGAGCCCUGCAUCAGUUGCCAAGGUGACAGCACUCGAGGCCCCUAAACCGAGCUUUAAGUCACCAGGGAAGUUUGUUGCCAAGGACCCCGCUCCAGCUGUGGCAAAGAAGCCUGAGAUACCUCCGAGGAGCCUGAGUACCGUGGUCAUCAGUAGGGAGGAAGCUCAAGCUAAACAAGCUAUUUUCAACAUCCUUAAUGAAGGCACCAGUGAGAGUGAAGGAUCCCUCAAAAGAAAAGCCAACCUCAUCUACGAGACCACUGGCAGUUUCAAGAAGCGAGGAUCUGAUGGGAGCAUCAAAAAGGGGAACCUCGAGGAGCUUCAGGAGCAACUCAGUCGCUGCAAAAAAGAACUGCAGCAGGCCCAUGAUGAACUGGCAGAAGAGCGUAUGUCCAGAGAGGUGGUAGAGUCCCGUCUGCGCCUACAGGAAGACCAGCUGGCCGAGCUUCAGGAGGAGCUGAGGAGGGUUUCAGAAAACUCACCUGACUCAGACUCCCUGCAGACGGAUGUGAUGACUCUGCAGGCCGACCUGGCCGAGGCCGUCAUGCUACGUCAGCGCCAGGAGGAGACUCUACGCCAGCGGGAGCGGGAGCUGACGGCCCUGAAGGGGGCGCUAAAGGAGGAGGUGGAGUGCCAUGACAGAGAGAUGGAGGCCCUGAGGGAGCAGUACGGCCAGGACAUGGAGAACCUGAGGAGAACCAUGGAGCAGGUCACACAGUCCCAGGACCAGAUCGAAGAGGAGAGGGAGAGGGUGAACGCCUCCAUACUGACCCUGGAGGAAGAACUGGAGAGCUGCAGGGAUCAGGGAGAGCAGUGGAGGACGCAGCUGGACGCUACCACACAGGAGCUGCACAACACCAACCAGGAGAGCGGGAAGCGCGCCAGCAGUCAAAAGCUGCUGAAAUCCCGUUCGGAGAAGAAGGAAAUUGAGGGCAAGCUGAAGGAUCUUCAGGAUUCACUGCUCACCAUGAAGACACAAAUGCCCCCGUCUGACGAGAACCGUUCUUCAGUGGAGGAGCUUCAGUGGUGCCGUGAUGAGCUGGACCGGGCUCGCACCCAUCUGGACGAGCAAAAGGGCGAGUUGGACGAGAACAGGGAGGCACUUCAAGCCCUGAAGAAAGCCAGCGGAGAGAAGGAGGCCGAGCUGCUGUCUGAGAUCAGCAGGUUGAAGGAGCAGUCGCAGAGAGACAAGGCCGAGCUGGAAACGGCGCUGCAGAAAGCGAAGGAGUCGCCAGCUGCGCCUGCAGGAAAGACCGCGGUGGAGCACAGCACCCAUCUGGAGCUGCAGGAAGCAAACAUUCGCCUCAGAGAGAGACUGGCCCGCAUGACGAGGCUUCACUCCAGCUCGCCCCGGAGCUCGGAGGCCGAGGAGGCGGUGGAAGCUCUGGAGGAUGAGAACCGCUCCUUGAAGUCGCAGCUGGAGGAGGCCAAGAGAGGAGCCAACCGCCUGAGCAAGGAGAGGGACGAGCUGACCCGGCGGCUGGAGGAGAGAGACCUGGAGAAAGAGGUGCUGAGGAGGGGCAAGAGUGACCUGGAGGAGCAGAAGAGGCUGCUGGACCGAGCCCUGGAGAAGAUUAACAAAGAGAUGGAGGCGAUGAUGGGAGACUCCCGUCAGUCGGUGGCCACGCUGCAAACACAGCUGGACGAUUACAGGGAGCGCUCGAGGAAGGACCUGCAAGAAGCUCAGCGCAACAGCAAGGACAGGCUGGCCGAGCUGCAGAGGGCUCAGAGCAACCUCAAGGUCCAGCAGGACGAGGUUUCCCGUCUAAAGAAGGAGCUGCUGGCGUGCAGCGAGGAGCGAGACAGCGCCCAGUUAGAGAGAGACCUCUACACCAACCGUCUCAAACACUUGGAGAGCGAGCUAGAAACAGAGAAGAGCAGCCACACUGACCGCAACAGGGAGAUCAGGGGCCUAGAGGAUAAAAUAAAGACACUGGAGAUCGAGCUGGAUGAGGAGAGGAGCAGCGUGGAGCUUAUGAACGACCGCAUCACACGCAGCAGAGAUCAGGUGGACCAGCUCCGUUCUGAGCUGAUGCAGGAGCGCUCGGCGAGACACGACCUGGAGAUGGACAAGAGCGCGAUUGAGAGACAGCUGAAGGAGCUGAGGUCUCGUGUGGCAGACAUGGAGGGACAGGCCCGGCCCUCGGCUGGAAUCACACUGCUGGAAAAUAAAAUUCAAGAGUUGGAGGAGAGACUCCGCAGUGAAGAAAGAGAGAAGGCCAGCAUCCAGGCUUCUCAAAGACGAAUGGAGAGGAAACUAAAGGAGCUAAACGCCACGUUAGACCAGGAGAGAAGUCAGCACAUUGAGCAGAGAGAUCAGCUGUCCCUGCGUGUGAAGGCCUUGAAACGGCAGGUGGACGAGAGCGAGGGGGAGGUGGAGCGCUUGGAGGGAGUCCGCCGGAAGGUCCUCAGGGACUUGGAGGAGCAGCAGGAGCUCCAGGAGGCACUGCAUGCCAAAGUGACAGUGCUGGAGACUGAACUAAAGCGGAAGUCACAGCAGACACAUCGCACAGCUCUGGACUCGACCGCUUUCAGCUCUGAGGAUGAGGACGGUUUCUAUGACACCAACAUCACCUCCAUCCUGAACGAGAGCCACUUACAGACCACCAACUGCUAAAGGAAGAUGACGGCAUAUUCUUUUUUCCCUUCAGUGCAUACACUUUGUCAGAGAAAGGUACUCAGGGCAUCAGGAACUCACUUGUGUGAAGAACUCGGUUGCCAUGCACUACAAAUUUGCCUUGCAGUUGGUCUUUGGUUUUAUUUUUAGCACAGCAGUCCGAUAGAGACACGUUGUCAGGAUAAUUAGGUUGCAUUUUUGGAGCCUUCAACUGUGAUUAUGAUUGCUUCAGUAUUGUCAUGUUUUAUCUGUCUUGACAUCUUCUGUUUCUCUGUUUUGUUAAAGAGGAGAAAUACAGUUACACUUUAAAAUAUAAGGUUUUACUCCAUGUACUUCAACUUCAGUCAUGUUUUCGAGAUGGUUUUUCGCUGUGUGUUCUUUGUAUUGACUAUACUGUGGUAGCGCGUUACUGUGGCAUGGUUUGGGAUCAGAGGUCAUACAGUCCAAACUUCAAAAUUCAAACUACUUUUAAGCCAAAAAACAACUUGCAUAUGUUUUCUUAUUAAUCCAGUCUUACAUCUGUGUUUCCUUACGCAUGAUAAGUCACUUCUGCCAGUGUUGUUAGCAGCUUCAAGUGUUUCUUUGUGUAUUGAAAAUGAUGUUUUUUUACCUUUGAAUGUGACAAUGGUGGGCCAUUUAAACUGAGCCUAUAUUUUUACACUGUAUUAGCUGUGCAUACCAGACAAUCAAAUAUAGUAGCACUGUGUGUCCUCAGAGAUUAACCCUCUACCCGAUAAAGUUUUCUGUUUUAACCACCAUAUUUCUAAUGUGCUUUAAUAUAUUGCUGUGUGUUAAGUUUGAUUCUUGUGCAUGUUUUCACUCAGAUGCCUUAAAACGUCUUUAUUUCACUUCAUGUUGUCUCUGCAUGUGUUCUGUUUCCAUGCUGCUGCUGUAAUGAUUUCCUAUGGUUGCCUGUGCUUGCAGCUCCUGUACAUUCCUACUGAAAGAAUCAUCCACUCUGGAAGCAUUCCACAUGACGCUUUGUUGUACCCGGCUGUUAUGAAUGUUGAUUAUAAUCUUAUAAUGAUCUAUUGAUGGUGUUGUUACAUUUUAAACCUGUCACUUUUGAAAUUUCUAUUGGAGCAAUUACAAGCAAGGAUGCUGUUAAAUGUAUAAUGUGUUUGUUAAGCUGCUGGUAACAUUUGAAAUGGUACAGAGCUUUGUAAGUUUUCCCCAAAUUUUUUGACAGAUAUUUUAAGUAAAUUUUGGCCCUCCUGUACAAUAAAAAUAAGUAU